UCUUCACACUGAAUCGUUAAUAAUUUCCUUUUAGGACUAAGCAAGAUAUGUAAGAAAUAAAAAAGAGCGAAGCAGCUCUCUGAUCUUCAUAACAAAAUUUGCACUUACUCUGACAUUCCUUUUAUGCCCUCCAGGCACCACCGCAAUUACCUGUCAUGGAGGUUCCCGCAGGCUUCUUGGCCAAGCUAUGGAGCUUUCUCUCUUUUCUUCCCUUCUUCUUGUUGCUCUUCAUCCUCGGCCUCCUCAAAGCGGCACUUGUUGGACCAGCAGUAUUAGGCAUCAUAUUGAUCGGAAACUCGGCAGUUAUAAUGGGGCUAUGGACUGCACAUUUUGUCUGGACUUACUAUUGUGUGGCAAACUCUCAACGGUUCCAUUUUUUGGCCUAUAAUUUCAGAACCAAAAAGCUCGGGCCUGUUCUAAAGGUUGUGGUGCUAGUUUCAUUACCAGUGCCUCUGGUCCUUUGGCCAAUCUCUGGAAUUGUUGGAAGCCUUUUAGGCGGAGUAGCAUAUGGAUGUUUUGCGCCCCUUCUUGCAACUUUUGAGGCUGUUGGAGGGAAUGUCACCGACAAAUUCUACCACUGCUUUGUUGAUGGUUGUUGGUCCACGAUUAAAGUAGGCUGCACAGUAGUGCAGGAUUUCACAGACUUUUGCUUCCAUUCAUACUUCUCCUACAUGGAUGAAUUAAUUGAGACAGUGCUUCCGGAUGAAAGGCCAACGGACAUAAAAUUAUCAAAAUUGCCAGGUUGUUUGCUGGCAAGUCUGAUUGGUUUGCCGGUAGAUGUGAUUUUAAUAACCGCUGUUGCUCUGUGGAAAAGCCCUUACAUGCUCUUCAAGGGCUGGAAGAGGCUGUUGGAAGACUUGAUAGGCAGAGAAGGACCCUUUUUGGAGACAGUAUGUGUUCCGUUUGCUGGUCUUGCUAUCAUCUUAUGGCCUUUGGCAGUUGUGGGAGGCGUGAUAGGUGCUACUGUCUCCAGCUUCUUUCUGGGGCUCUACAGCGGAGUUAUUGUCUAUCAGGAAGGCUCACUUCUGAUGGGACUUGCAUAUAUUGUGUCUGUGGUUUCGCUGUUCGAUGAAUAUGCAAAUGAUUUACUCUACUUGAGGGAGGGAUCCUGCCUUCCGCGGCCUGAAUACCGUAGAAACAUGGGCCCCAGUACUGAGAGAAAAAAGCUAGCCGAGAAUCAUAAUACUGACUCAAAGAAUGGGAGGGAGAACUCAUACAGGUCCAAAUUAAUCACAGAAAAAUCACGUACAUUGAAAUGGGAAAUUCAGCAAUAUAAACCUAUGCAGGUAUGGGACUGGCUUUUUAAAUCUUGCGAGGUGAAUGGUCGAAUUCUCCUCCAUGAUGGUCUGAUAACUCUCGAGGACAUCGAGGAAUGCAUGCUGAAGGGUAAUUGUAAGAAGUUGGGCGUUCAAUUACCUGCUUGGUCUAUAUUGCAGUGCCUGCUUGCAUCAGGAAAGUCCAACUCAUCUGGGUUGGUGAUCUCUGAUCAUGAAGUGGAAUUGACGACGAUGAACGGGCCAAGGGAUAAAGUGUUCGAGUGGUUCGUUGGACCCCUAUUAGUCAUAAAAGAGCAAUUAAAGAGAGUCCAUUUAGAUGAAAUUGAGGAAAACUGCCUGAGAGAGCUUGUUAUUAGAUGCAGAAACGAAAAGCCCGAGGAGUGGGAUGGGACUGAAUUUGCUUCGAGUGACAUAGUUAGAAGGGCACAGUUGCAAUCCAUAAUUAGAAGGCCUCAUGAUAGAAGACAUCGACACCAACAUGUUCCUUUUCACAUUCCCACGACAGCAUCAUAAAGAUAGGAUCUUAGCCAGUCGCCCAUGGAACUUCAAAGGCUUCCACAUGGUACUAAGGCAUUGGCCUCCUGAACUCAGUAUCAAUGAAAUUGCUCUCAACUACUCAGCGUUCUGGAUUCAAAUUCAUGGGCUACUGAUGGAUAUGCUCACAAAUAAGAAUGCGGAACGGAUAGGUGAAGUGCUGGGAAUUUACUAUAAGUUGAUAAAGCUUCUAUAUUUGGAGUAACGCUGCAAAGAUAUCUGAGGCUCAAGGCGAAAUUGAACAUAGAACAACCCCUACCAAACGGAAUCGAACUAGCUAGACCAAAUGGAGAAGAGCGGAAAAUUCUAAUCAAAUACAAAUGUCUAUCCGACUUCCGUUACAGGUGUGGAAGACACGGCCAUAUAGUUCAAUCAUGUCCAAUGUACACAGUCCCUCCAGAUAGCUCAAAAUACGGAUCAUGGAUGAGGGUGGAGACUACAUCAACCAGGCGCAAUGAUUUUCCAGGAGCUUUUCGACCCCACCAGAAGAACUGAUAGCAGCACCUAAUAGACAGAGAUAUUCAAAGGGCCAUACUCCCUCCAGCCUGUAUUUGAGAGCCAAAUCCCAUCUGAAAACCAAAAGCCCAUCAUCCAGAGGAAGCCUCAGCCAGCAAAGGAAAGGGGAAGGAAAAAAAUGUAUGCUGAUGGAUCAAAACCAACCAACCAACCAACCGUGAAGGAGCACAUCAUCUUCUAUUGACAGUAAUGCAAAGAACGUGAAAGGAAGCAGAGUAUGAGAGCAAAGAAAGCUGAAAAGGAAUAACUGCAAACGUAUUUCAUAUAUUACUCGUGUAUACAAUCUGUGCUUUGCUAUUUAUAGAUUACAAAUGUAAAAUAACAUAAAUGAAUAAAAGAAUAAUGACAGCUCAUAAUGCAUAACAAAAUUGGCAGAGUGGCCU